GAGAGAGAGAGAGAGAGAGAAAAAAGAAAAAGAGAGAGGGUAUGGGUCAAAGAGAUGGAUAGAUUGUGUGAAGGCGUGUGUCCAUGCGUGCGUGUGUGUGAAUCAGGGGGUGGGUGCAUUAGUGCAUGUCAGACAGCAAAGAGAGCCGCAGUUAUCUAGGAAUCUGAGUCAAAGGAACUUCACUAACAGAGACAGGGAGAGAGAGAGAAAGAGAGAGAGGGAAAGGGAGCGAGCGAGAGAGUGCAAGAGAAACUGAGGGAGAGAGCAAUAGGAAAGAGAGAAGUGGAGAGGAUGAAAGAGGCAUACAGAUAGAAACACAGACAGAAGAAGAAGUUGAAGUUAACACAGAAAUAGAAGAAGGUUAUGGGAAAAGUGUGGAGGGACACCAUCAAAGGCUUCAAACAAAGCAUCAAGCGGAGAAGAAACCCAUCAAGAACAACAAAAAAUACACAAAAGAAGAGCGUCACUAAAGACGUGUCGGCACCCAAGUCCAACAGCUUUAAGGUGAAAACCGGUGUCAGGGGGGACAGUAAACGGAAAAACACAGAGGUGUAGUGUCUGAGAGACUGGAUUCUGUCCCGAAUUCUGCCAGAUUUUCAAAUUCUUUUAGGAGUCUUCCCAUGUUUCCAUUAGGCUCUCUCGGCGUGCUCCCCCUGCUGUCCCUGUGUGUAGGGGCCAUGUUGUCCCCCCCGGAUGCACCUCCUGCCUGUCCCCACUGCAAGGACAGUCUGGUGGCCGCUCCACCUGCGAGGACAGGGUCAGGGGGGUGUGAGGGACGCCCCGGGAUGGCAAGCUGCAGGGUGGCGGUCGCCCCCCUGGCUGCCUCUGACCCCCCUCUGAGGGUGGAACACAGACAUGAAGUUCGACAGGUUCAGCCCGAGUCCAGGGAUGUGUCGGAGCGUCUGGUCCAGUUGCAGCGCUGUAUGAAUUCCCUCCAGGAGCCAGGGGUCCCCAGGGGCCGUGUAGGCCAGGGAGGGGACACGCUGGGGGCCAUUCUGGCUCUGAUGGCUGCAGUACUGACAGAGUGUGACCUACACUGUCACAGCCAGGCCCUCAGGGCUAUGGCCAGGCGACUGGAGGGGGCAGCGGUUGGGAGAGAGGGAGAGAAAGACCUGAUACUACUGUUGAGGAGCAUCACACAACACCCUCCAACAGUGGUCCCCUCAGCGAGGCUGCAUCCUCAGGACUGUGCUGAGAUCUAUCGUUUGGGGAUCAAAGAGAACGGAAUCUACACCAUCCAACCUGACCCACGCAGACCUGCAGUGGAGGCAGAGUGUGACAUGGAGACAGCAGGCGGGGGGUGGACAGUGUUCCAGCAUCGGCGAGAUGGCUCGGUGGACUUCAACCGGACGUGGCAGGAGUACCGCGAGGGUUUUGGUUCCCCACAGGGAGAAUACUGGCUGGGGAACGCAGCGCUGCAUGCGCUAACCAACACUGGUCAACACCUGCUGCGUAUACAACUCGAGGACUGGCACCAGCAGAAACGCCAAGCCACCUACAACACUUUCAGAGUGGCAGCAGAGGCACAGAGGUACCGUCUGACAGCACGGGAGUACUCUGGUGACGCGGGCAAUGCCCUAAGCUACAGCAAACGCUACAACCAUGACGGCCGAGCGUUCAGCACCAACGACCGUGACCACGAUCGCUACACGUCAGGGAACUGUGCGGAGUACUAUGGUGCAGGCUGGUGGUUCGACGCCUGCCUAGCGUCUAACCUGAAUGGACUCUUCUACCACGGGCGCUACAGCGGGCUGACCAAUGGCAUUUACUGGGGCACCUGGUACAUCCUGACAGACAGUCACAGCGGUGAGCGCUACUCCUUUAAGAGUGUGGAGAUGAAGACACGCCCACGCAACUUCUAAUGAAGACUGACCUGGGAGCUAGUAGAUAGACAUACCCAAACAUAGACAUACCCAAACAUCAUUAUUUUUCAGGAGAUGGCCAUAAACAAUAACUGGUAAUGUUGCGUAGUUAUAGAAAGGUCUGGAUCUCACCUUUCGGUCAUUUAAAAAAAAAAAUUGCUGAGAUAUACUCACUUAUGAGGACACAAGCUCAAUUACAUAGUACAAAUAUUAUGAAAAUAUAAAAAAUAAUUAGUUUUUUUUUUUCCCAAUUUAACAAAUUUCACCUUUCCUAUAACUGUAAAAUAAAUGAUCAUAUUUAGUGACAAUUUCAUCUAACUGACGACAGAGACAUUUCUCCUGAAAGUCCACUUAGCAGAUCAAAGACCCCAUUCAAAUGUGCAGACUCAUUAUAACUUCAGCUUUAAACACAAAGGGAUUUUGUCUGUCUGUGAUCAAGAGAAUGUGGUCUUGUUUAAAUUCUAUGAAAUGAUUUAGUAUUUUUUCAUGUUGAGAUCUCUAAAUCCGGUUGAGAAUAUCACAGCUACAUGAACCACAAUUGUUGGGUACGCUAGACUGUUACUGUUCAUAUGCCGCCUCCCAGGCUGGGCUCUGUCACUCAUAAGCAGAGCGAAUCGAUUCUUUGUCUGGAUAGGCCAGACAAUGUGACACGUCCCUCCCUAUGCAAAUGUGGGGUCUGAUACCUGACACUUCAAGUCAGCUCCGUUGAGAGAGUGGUAGCGCAGAGUAGACAGAUCGGCCUUUCUGACAUUAUAAGGCACGGGAACCUACGACAUUCACAGAGCGCUUUGUACCCCAAAAUCAGUUGGAACAUGUCCCGAACCGCUCAAAGUCCCCUAUAUAGGGGACUUAACAUCUUCAAAUUAAAACAUAGGCCUACUACGCAAUACUCUGAGCCACAGUACUGUAUAUGUAAAUCUAGCCUGGUUCCAAUCUGUUUGUGCUGUCUUGCCAACUCCUAUAGCCAUGUCACUCCAGACAAUAUUGGCAAGACCACACAAACAGAUCUGGGACCAGGCUAGGGAAACCCUAAUCUGGCUGCAGAGUGUGUGAAGGUUAUUAUUACUCAGCUAAUGACUGGAUGUUGGAUUCACUGGAUAAUGUUGGGAUAGUGAGCCAUUAAAUCAGUUUGUCCAGGUGUAAAUAUGGUGCUAAAUGAAAAACUGGUCAGAUGACUCUAUCCUUAUCAAGUCAAAUCAAAAUCAAAUCAAAUGUAUUUAUAAAGCCCUUUUUACAUCAGCAGAUGUCACAAAGUGCUUAUACAGAAACCCAGCCUAAAACCCCAAACAGCAAGCAAUGUAGAUGUAGAAGCACAGUGGCAAGGAACAACUCCCUAGAAAGGCCAGAACCUAGGAAGAAACCUAGAGAGGAAC